CGGUCAUAAUUAAUCUCCUAGCUCCUACGUUAAUUAAUCUUCUCCUGGGACAUACGUUCCAUAUUAGGGUUUCCUUAAAACUAUACGUUCCACGGGGUUGUUGCUUUGAACUCCCCUUGCUUGAUCUGAAAGAGAGACAUCAUGGCUUCUUCAAGCGGGAUUGGUUCCCUGCAGUCGCCAACCGAGUGGAGUUGGUACGAGAACAAAAUUUUCGAGCUUGCUCUCGUUGAAUACCCAGAAGGAACGCCAAAUCGAUGGCCUCUGAUCACCGCCAAGCUUCCGGGGAAGAGUCUAGGUCAAGUUUUAUAUCAUUACCAGGUAUUGAUCGAUGACUUGUACCUAAUUGAAUCCGGAAAAGUUGAGAUACCGGAUUAUAGAGACGAGGAAGAAGGUGGCAAUUCUGGCGAUGGCCGUUGCAUGACACCGAAGCAACACCCAUCGGAUGGCCCGAACAUCGCUUCCGGGUCGCGACAACAGGGUCAGGAGAGGAAGAAGGGUAAACCAUGGACCGAGGAGGAACACCGGUUAUUUUUGCAAGGACUUGCAACUCACAGGAGAGGGGAUUGGAAGGCCAUAUCUCGAAAUUUCGUGGUAACGAGGACGCCAGCACAAGUGGCCAGUCAUGCGCAGAAGUUCUUCCACCGCCAACAACAAAACCAGGAGCACCAGAGAAAGAGCAUCCAUGAUAUUACCCAGCCUUAGAUUUUCUUCCAUGACGCAUCUCAGAUAAUUUUUCAUAUAAUUAGCAGCUGUUUUCUUGUUUCUUCGGCAGAUUAGUUUAGCUUCCGAACUUGGACCUCGAAUUAUA